UUUUAGUAAUGUCAAAAAAUUAAUUUUAAUAAAAGAUAAACACGUGCUUAACCUUAAAAAUUAAAAUCUUUUCCGUGAAGUGUUAAAAUGGGAAUUGAAAAACCACAAGCUGUUCAUAGACCAGGACUUCUCAAACAAGCCAAUAAACUACAUAAGCAUGGUAGACAUAGAUCUAAAGGCUCCAUCGACUUGGGCACCAAAGGUCGUGUGUCAUUAAAAAGUCUCACACGAAAACAGAAAAAAGAACUAAAUAAAGAAGCAAGAAGGCACAAAUCAGAGCAGAUUCGACGUAAUAAACGAGAUGACAUUUUAGCCAAAAAGAGAGGUCUGGGCGGAGCUAACAAUGCCCCGUUUUUAGUAUGCGUUUUACCAUUACAUCAGCAAUUAGACCCGGAAUCAGCACUUGCUAUUUUAAAAACUUGUGAUCCUGAAGCAAUUGUUUCGAAAUCUGAUACCGGAGUAGUCCAUGUCGCAGUGUCACGCUUCAAACAACGUUUUUCCUUUGUAAUUCCACCAAAAGAUAAUGAACUGGAAAUUCUAGACACGUUAAAAGUAUGUGAUUCAGCAAUAUUAUUAAUAUCUGCUGUUGCCGGUGUUGAAUUUGGAGCUGAAACAAUUGAUGAUUGGGGAAGUCGCAUUCUUUCUGCAUCUGUUGCACAGGCUUUACCUACAGUAAGUGUGGCUGUAAUGGAUUUAGAAAGUGUUCAUCCAAAAAAGAGAAAUGAAACAAAACAAAAUAUUCAAAAAUUAAUUGCAAAAUGGCUACCGGAAGAGAAGUUAAUAACUUUAGAUAAAGAUGUUGAUGGUUUAAAUUUACUUAGAAAAAUUGGUGGGCAAAAACAAAAGUUGAUAGUAUAUCGUGAUCGUAGACCACACUUAUACGCGGAAUCUUUUGAAUAUACCAAUCCAAAUAAUGAAGCUGUUGGAAAUUUAAAAAUUUCGGGGUAUUUAAGGGGUUCUGGACUUUCAGUGAAUGGAUUAGUUCACAUACUUGGCUUAGGUGACUUUCAAAUGGAUCGAAUUGAGGCUGACAAUCUCAUUUAUAGUUUUACAAAUAAAAAUAAAGACGGUAAUUUAAAUGAGAAUUUAAAAUCCACAAUGCAUUAUGAUAAAUAUGCAGAUCCAAAACAUCAAGAACAACUUAUAUCCGAAAACGAGAUUGAUGAAAUGGAAGGUGAACAAACAUGGCCAAAUGAAGAAGAUUAUAAACAAGCUGAAGAAGAUAGGAAAGCAAAAAAAAUUAUUAAGAAGGUUCCUAAAGGAUGGUCUGAUUAUCAAGCUGCAUGGAUACCUGAUAUUGAUGCAGAAUCAGUUUCUGGUGACGAUGAGGAUGAAGACGAAGAUGAAGAUAUGAAUUUUUCAGACGCAAAAUCUGAAAGUAGUUCUGAAGAAGAUGAAGAUGAUUUUAAAACUGUUGUUACAGAAUCUGAAAUAGGAGUUAAUGAUGAAAAAUAUGACCAAGAAAUGGAUAUACAAGCAGAAAUUCAAGAUUUGCAAAAAAUUAAAGCUGCGAAAAGCGAUGCAAUGUUUCCAGACGAAAUAGAUACACCACAAAAUAUACCAGCCCGAGUUCGGUUUCAAAAAUAUCGUGGACUAGAAUCAUUUAGAACAUCACCUUGGGAUCCAAAGGAAAAUCUACCGUUAGAUUACGCAAAAAUAUUUCAAUUUGAAAAUUUUGAUCGAACCAAGAAGCGUAUAUUAAAAGAUCAAGAAGAAAUGUUAGAAUGUGCAAUGCCUGGAUGGUAUGUGACAAUCCAUGUAAAAGAUAUUCCUCAACACCUGUGGGACACAUAUUGUAAAUCAAACCAGUCAAAAUCUUUAAUAUUAUAUGGAAUUUUACCACAUGAACAUAAAAUGUCUGUCUUAAAUGUACUUUUAAAACGUACAAGCAACUAUGAAUUGCCAAUUAAAUCAAAAGAACGAUUAAUAUUUCAAUGUGGAUAUAGACGUUUUGUGGUUAACCCAAUUUUCAGUGAACACACAAAUGGCAAUAAACAUAAGUAUUUUAGGUAUUAUCAACCAAAUACAACAGCGGUGGCAACAUUUUUUGCUCGAAUUCAAUUCCCUCCAGCACCGGUGUUAUGUUUCAAAGAAAUCAACAAUAAAUUGACUUUAAUAGCGACAGGAAAUUUAUUAUCAAUAAAUCCAGAUCGAAUGAUAAUCAAACGAAUUGUAUUAUCUGGACAUUUAUUAAAAGUACACAAACGUUCAGCGGUUGUUCGAUUCAUGUUCUUUAAUCGUGAAGAUAUAAAAUAUUUUCAACCAUGUAAGUUACGUACGAAAUAUGGACGAAUUGGACAUAUUAAAGAACCAUUAGGUACUCAUGGACAUAUGAAAUGCAGUUUUAAUGGUCAACUCAAAUCUCAAGAUACCGUGUUAUUACAUCUUUACAAACGUGUAUAUCCAAAAUGGUCAUUUGAAGAUUGUAUUGUAUCAUUGGAUGAUGAUAUUGAUAAUAGUAUGGAGCAAGAUUAAAAUUUAUAUAUUAUUCUAAAA